AUGGAAGCGGCAUCGGCCACAACAGUUCCUGUUGGCAGAUUGGCAAAACCCGAAGAACUUGCUAAUCUUGCCGCUUACAUGUGCUCGAAUUAUGCCAGUUGGAUGAAUGGAGCGGUAAGUUUCUCCACUUUAACACACUUAAAACAUCGUGCCAACAGAAAGCAUCCUAUUUCUUUCCAGAUUAUUGAUUUUGAUGGUGGACAACAGUAUCUGAAUCACAACUCUUCAUUUGGUGCACAUCUACACGAAAUGAAACCAAAAGAUUGGGAACAGAUAGAAAACACUAUCAGACAAAAAACUGGCAAGACAAAGAGCAAGAUGUAA